AUGAUCGCACCCGGGCUCCUUCUUUCGUUGAUGCCCUAUGUCCGACUUGGCCAUGGCCUGACUUUGACUGGAGAUCCUAGCUUGACUAUGGAUCUCACAGCCGAUGCGGCCGAUAACGCUCUUGUGGCCGACUGGGAUAUCUCUGUUGUUUCAUCUUUGCAACAAGCUUUGGAAGCAACUGUUGAAUACUCUGGGAGCUCCAAGAGCACCUCCGUUGAUGACGAGACCUUGAGUGCCACUGCCAAUGACACAUCGGUCAUAAUCAUCACAGCUGGAGCAGAUGUGAACCUGACAGACGAUACCAUCGUGAAGCAUGGCUAUUCUUCCAAUCUUUGGGAGGCUAGCUUCUGGGGUAUGAACGCAGCAGUGAACGUUCAAAAUACGUCUAUUUCGUAUAUCACUGAUAUUAACGUCACAACCCACAACGGCGCCGCUAAUAUCUACGCCUAUGGAUCUGACACAGUUGUGUAUGUUGAUGGUGCGUGGCUUUAUAGUUCCGGACCAGUUGCGCAUGGACUCUAUGCAUCCGGAGAUGGAACAAUUAUUGCCACUGAUGUGCGUCACUAUUCUGGUGGAAAUCGUUGCUCGUCAUUCGCUGGUGAUAGCCCGGCUGGCUACGUGACUGUUGAAGACUCCGUGGCUCAUACUGCUGGCAUUGGUAGUGCAAUUUUCUACGCCCUUGGAGAAAUCACUGCUACCAAUGUUACUGGGUGGGCAGAAAACUCUCCUAUUCUUUUCAUGGAUGGUGAUCAGACUGCUACCAUCUCGGAUAGCACCUUGUAUGCAGGCUUGCUAGCAGGAUUUGUCAUUUUCUCUUCGUCGGAGAGAUAUUCCGGUGCCAGUUUAAGCAUUAGCUCAUCCACUAUUGAGCUUCUCAACGAAGAUAUUCCUGCAUUGUGGUUCGGCAAUGUCAUUGCUGAUGCCACUCUUGACGACGUGACUAUCACCACCGAAUCUGGCAUUCUUGUCGUUGCGAACUACUCCCAAGUCACCCAAGACUUCGACUACUACGCCGGAUAUGACGAUAAUAGCGCGCUUUCUCCGGCCGAGGCCUACAUUACAGUGUCAGACAGCACUCUUACUGGCGACUUGGUUGCCUACAAUGAGUCGCUUAUCAGCUGGUCCCUGACUGACUCUUCCUCCUGGACUGGAACUGCUUACUCUGGAUAUGACACCUACUAUAUUGGUGUUAGUCUAGACUCCACUUCUACCUGGACUCUCACUGCUGAUACUUGUGUCUACAACUUUACCGACACUGACACAUCUGUAACCAACGUUAAAAGCGCAGGCUACACUCUUACCUAUGACAAAUCCUCUUCUGCCAAUAGCUGGCUCGAUGAGAAAACAAUUUCGCUCUCCGGUGGGGGCUCACUGGUCCCUGGUACCUGCAAUUAA